AUGCCUGACUUCUCCGCCUUCAAAUCUCCAGGUCCCUACCAUAUCAUCUCCUAUGGCACGCUGCUCGGAACCACGGUCUUCGAGAGCUGCUUCGCGGGAAUCAUAGCAUUCAACACCAUUCCCCGCCCUCAGUUCUCCCUACUCCGAAACAGAAUUUUCCCAGUCUACUUCAGCGUGCAGACGACCUUGCCAGUCGUCCUAGCAUUAACCUAUCCAGGCUCCGGACUUCCUCUCGGCACAGCAUCUGGUCUAGCCGGCACAUUCGCAGAGGUCAACCGAUGGAAGGUUCUUGCUCCCUUGGCUACAAUGUUUGUGACAGCUCUCACCAACCUCGUGCUUAUUCGUCCUGCGACAAACAAUGUUAUGAGGCAGAGGAAUCUGCAGGAGACCCGAGACGGAAAGAAGAGCUACGACCCCGCCCCUCACUCGAAAGAAAUGCAGAAGUUGAACAAGGCCUUUGGCAGAAUCCAUGGUGCGUCUGCGUUGCUGAACAUGGGGACAUUGCUCGCUACAUUGUGGUAUGGAUUCAAUCUCGCAGAGAGAAUUCAAUAA